AUGGUACAAAAAGACUUGCUUAAUCUACAAGCAAAUGAUAAUUCAAAAGGUGAAGGACGUGAAACACAAGUUACUGCUACACAAGAACAACGACAAUCAUAUGGAACACAAUUUAUGGCUACAACAGCACAACAACCUCCAUAUGGAACACAAUUUAUGGCAACAACAGUACAACAACAAUCAUAUGAAGUAUCAUUAGCUGCUGAUAUAAAUGAUUAUGAUGAUGAAUACUGA